ACUGUCCUGUGUGCUCACAUUGCACAAUUGGAGAAAAUGACCUGUGGCUGGAGAACUCACUGGGCACCGAGUAGAUUUCUGUUGCAGGCUUUACAAGAAAUGACCUGCUGGGAGUUUCCCCAAGCACCUUGCCAGGCUGUCCUUGCCCCACACCUCAGCAGGGAACUCAGCAUAAAUACCUGUCUCCUCUCACCCACAGCCACAGACCUCCAGCUCUGCCCAGCAGACACCAGCAGGAUGAAGCUGCUCACCAGUCUGUUCUUCUGCUCCCUGCUCCUGGGAGUCUGCAAUGGAGGCUGGUCGUUUAUCCGUGAGGCUUUCGAAGGGGCUGGGGACAUGUGGCGAGCCUACUCUGACAUGAGGGAGGCUAACUGGAAAAACUCAGACAAGUACUUCCAUGCUCGGGGGAACUAUGAUGCUGCCCAAAGGGGUCCUGGGGGAGCCUGGGCUGCUGAGAAAAUCAGUAAUUUAAGAGAGGGCAUUCAGUCACUUUUGGGCAGUGGACAUGAGGACACCGAGGCUGACCAGGAAGCCAACAGACAUGGCCGCAGUGGCAAGGACCCCAAUUACUACAGACCUCCUGGCCUGCCUGACAAAUACUGAGAAUCCUCCUUUUAGCCUGCUGCGCUGCAGGGCCUGAGGACAGAGUCUGGGGUUCAGACCUGGAACACUGAGCUUGCUUUUUGGGAAAACACACCACACAUCUCACACGUGUAUCAAACAGGGUUUCAGAACUGUGUUUCUCUCGCAGCAGUAACUACUUGCUAGAGGAGAGGGUAAUAAACAGGAACUUGGAAGUGGA